GUGUGCGUCUGCUGUUCGGAACUGCUACUGCCAAGAUCCCACCGCUGUCCUCAUGUGUCUGAAACUCCACUCGUUCUUUCCCAUGGCAGAAGUCUGCAUUGCCAAGAGAUUUCCGGAUUUGGAUGAUCACAAAGAGCAACCAACCUAUGUUCGGGCAGUGAUGGCGACCAUUGUGCUCCUGGCUGGAGGUGUUUGCGAUGUUCAGGAGCUGGUGAACUGUCUCCGAAGACCCAGCACCACCAUGUCGCGGACGGACAGCCUGAAGAUGAUGUACUGUAUGGCCACCCUACUUUACGCCAUGCAAGAGAAUGAAGUCCAGAUCAGUAAAAGGCUUCACUACAGUGUUUUUUAUUGCUUGCGUCACUUGGAGAAUUCACCCUUAAAUGAUCCUGAAUUAUCCAGCAGUGAAAGAGAUCUUGGAUCUGAUUUACAAUUUACUAGUGAACAACAACAGAUCUUAAAACACGCCAUUGCACCUGGAGAGCGCGUAAAAAUUAUGGGUUUUGCAGGCACUGGCAAAACAUCCACUCUGAUCCAGUACGCCCGGAAGUGGUCCACGAAGAAGUUCCUGUACUUGGCGUUCAGCAGGUCCAUGGUCGAUAAGGUGUCGGAGGCUAAAUUAACCAACCUCACCUGUAAAACCAUCCACGGCUUUGCGUUAGAUGAAAUUAAGGAAAAUUACCCUCACAUGAAGGACUGUGAACUGGGCUCGUUGACCUUCCGUGCGGUCAGCCUUGUCCUCUCCAAUCCCAAGAGGCAGUCUCCAUCCAUAGCCAUGGGAGUCAUUCAGACCCUCAAAGCCUUUUUCGCUUCGACAGAUGAGUCCAUCACUAAGAAGCGCGUGCCCACUUGGUGCAGGACCGACCCUGGAGAAAAACAAAUCAUGAAAGAAGCGAGAAAAAUAUGGAGCAAGAUGAAAAUGCUGCGCCAAAACCGGAAGAUGGCAUACACAGUGACGCACGACGGUUACUUGAAGUAUUUGCAACUCAGAAAACCUUCUAUUUCCCAGUACGAUGUCAUCAUGGUGGAUGGGGUCGAAGACUGCACCCCUG